UUGGACUUUGGUGAUUACAGCGAUCAGUACUACUCGGUGCAAACUACAGAAGCUGAGCAGAUUCUUCAAGUGAUCGCCGGCUACAUCGAUAUUAUAGUACGCAAACAACGCGCAAAGGACCACCUGGGGAUCGAAGGGGAUGAGGGAUCUGCCAUGUUGGAAGACUCUGUUUCACCGUCCAAGGCCAAUAUUAUUCAACACGACACAUUCAAGUCGGGCAAAGUGAAUACAGAAUCUGUCGCUAAACCUGCUGUUCUUCGGCCAGGAGCUGAAGGUGCUAAGCCGUUCGCCGUGGGCCAUUUGACCGGCGCUCAGCAAACCACAGUCUCUGGGCAAAUCAUCACCGGCCACACACCACCUACAGCGUCGCAGGUGCAACAAACUCGUGUGACGUCGAUACUGUCAGAGCCGCAACGGGCACUGUUGUCUACCAUCACCGGCGGCCGGGAGAUCAUCCGCCAAACCGAGGAGAGUUUGAGCAGAGCUUCACUCCCAGCUCUUGGACAGGACGCGGCUUCAGUAAAAUGGAAACAAGUGACCAUGGACACCAGCAAGCAAGUAGUGACUUCUCAAAUAGCUGCAAUGAACGCCGCCACUGCACAGGUCGUCACUCUUACGUCAGGACCAACCGAAGAAGUGGAUCACACAGCAGUGGGAGCUGCAAUCACAACAAUUACUACCAACCUUCCGGAAAUGACGAAAGGCGUACAAACGAUUGCCGCACUCAUGGAUGACACUGAUGAUGGUGAUAAACUCUUGGACGCUACUAGGAAACUAUGUAGUGCUUUCAGCGAUUUGUUGAAGGCCGCUGAACCAGAAACGAAGGAGCCUCGCCAGAAUCUCCUCAAUGCUGCCUCUCGUGUCGGAGAAGCGUCUACUUCCGUCCUUCACACGAUCGGCGAAGAAACCGAAGAGGACAAGGAGACCCAGGACAUCCUGCUGUCGCUGGCUAAAGCCGUGGCGAAUACCACCGCGGCGUUGGUACUGAAGGCCAAGAACGUUGCGGCUCAAUGCAAGGACGAUCAGGCGCUGCAGAACAACAUAAUAGCGGCUGCUACACACUGUGCACUUGCCACAAGUCAACUAGUCGCCUGCGCUAAGGUGGUAGCACCAACUUUACACAACCCAGCGUGUCGCGAGCAGCUAACUAGCGCGGCACGUCAAGUUGGCUCGGCCGUCGAGCGUUUAGUGGACGCCAGUAGGCAGGCGCCUGAAGCUGCCGCUCCUGGCGUAGAGCAGCUCGCUGUUGCUGCUCAAAGAGUCUCCGAGGAGUUGGAGAGACUGCUGGCUCACUGUCACUUAGAGCGUCGCAGCGCGCAACCUACAGUAAUGGAGCGCAGCGUGGAGAGUGUGGUGACGGCGAGCGAGCGCGUGACCGACGCACACGACGCCCCCGAGAUGGUGCGGCGCGCGCGCCUGCUGGGACAGGCCACCGCGCGCCUCAUCGCUGACAUCAAGACUGAAGCAGAAACGCAGCCAUCUGACUCACAACGUAAAUUACUGGCAGCCGCUAAACUCCUAGCCGACGCUACUGCACGCAUGGUCGAGGCUGCUAGGUUGUGUGCAUCCGCUCCUCAGGAUAGAGACAAGCAAGAAGCGUUGCGCAGAGCGGCGGAAGAAGUGCGCUAUAUCACAGUUGAUUACGCGCAAGGUCAAGACAUCGUCGGCUCGCAGAUUGCGCGACUUCAGGAAAGCGCUAGGCUAGCCGCUUCGAGCGCCACGCAACUCAUCGCCUCAGCGCACAACACCACCCAGCAUAAUACAAAUAAAUACUCGCAGGAGUCAUUGCUGCAAGAGUGCCGCUCACUGAACGAACAGAUUCCCCGAGUGGUGGACGCUGCCAAGGUGUCUGCCGCGAGGCCCGGAGAAGCUGCUGCCCAGCUCGACCUCAUAUCCGCUUCCGAAACUUUCCUACAGCCCAGCAGCCACGUUAUCCAAGCGGCUAGAAGCGUGCUACCAACGGUAACGGAUGCCCCCACGGCUAAGCAGCUGGCCGACACUACUCAUCAGUUCACCACCAGCUGUGCUGAUCUUAGAUCGGCUGUCAAUCGCGCUCGAAUCUCUUGCAAAGGGUUGGAACUGGAUGCUGCGGCAGAGAUCAUCCGCAGUCUACAAGCUGAACUUGACGAAAUGGAGGAAGCCGCGAGAGCUUUCGAUCUCAAACCUCUGCCUGGACAAACGAGCGAGUGGGCGGCGUCGCGGCUGCAGGGCGCGACGCGCGCGGCGGGUGCGGCCACGGCGGCGCUGGCGGGCGCUGUGCGUGUGCGCGAGCCGGCCGGCUGCGGGCGCGCCGCCGCCGAGCUGGCGGCCGCGCUGCGCGACUACACGCCGCCGCUGCGCGCCGCCGCCGCGCACGCGCACCGCCACCCGCACAAGCAGUUGCGUGUUAUUUCAUCUGGUCGCCAAGUGCUGCACUCGUCCCUGACUCUAGUAGAAACUGUUAAACAAUACAUGAACACUUCCGAAGACGUCGACACUGCUUCGAUAGUGGCCAUCGCGAAAGACAUUUCUCAUAAUUUAGAACAAACAAUGGAAGCAGUACCAUCACAUGCUGAACUUGACAUGGCUAUGGAGAACAUCAAUGAGACACUCAACAUCCUUAACAUGGGAGAUUUCCCGCCAUCUGAUAAGAGUUAUGGUGAACUGCAAACAGAGUUGAAUGCAGCAGCUGUCGGUCUCAGUACAGCGUCUUCUGACGUAGUACAAGCUGUAGAACAGCCCGAAGCUUUAGCCGACAGUGGCCACCAGUUCGGUCAGGCCUUUAACCGCUUACUUGGAGUGUCAAUGGAAAUGGCAGGACAGACUGAGGAUCGAGAAGCUCAAGCGACAAUGGUCAGCUCCAUGAAGACCGUGACUGUUAACUCGUCUAAACUGCUCGGAACUGCCAAGUCCGUUAGCCAAGAUUUGACACGACCGAAUGCUAAGAACCAGUUAGCGGCGGCGGCAAGAGCGGUAACGGAAAGCAUCAAUCGUCUUGUGGACGUGUGCACGGAGGCGGCGCCGGGGCAGAAGGAGUGCGCGGCCGCCAUCCGCAGCAUCGACAGCACGCGCCCGCUGCUGGCCGGGCCCACGCAGCCGCUCAGCGAGCUCGGCUACUUCGCCUGCCUCGACGCAGUCGUCGACCAGAGCAAGGGUCUCAGCGAGGGAAUGUCGGGGAUGGCGGGCGCGGUGAAGCGCGGCGAGACGGAGCAGUUCGCGCGCGCCGUGGCCGCCGUGGCCGCCGCCGUGCAGGGCCUCGUCGAGUGCACCGCGCAGGCCGCCUACCUGGUGGCAGUAUCGGACGAGACAAGUGUCGCAGGUAGACCGGGCCUGGUGGAUCAGGCGCAGUUCGCCCGCGCCGCAUUGGCAAUAGACCAGGCCUGUAAAACGCUGUGUGAUAAAGACAGCAAUCAACAACAGGUGCUGUCGGCGGCGACGGUGAUCGCGAAGCACACGAGCGCGCUGUGCAACGCGUGCCGCGUGGCGUCUGGCCGCUCGGCCGAGCCGCAGAGCAAGCGCCACUUCGUGCAGGCCGCCAAGGACGUGGCCAACUCCACCGCCGCGCUCGUCAAGGAGAUCAAGGCCCUCGACGCGGACUACAGCGAGGCUAACCGCGCUCGCUGCGCCGCGGCUACCGGGCCGUUGCUGGACGCGGUGCGCAGCCUGUGCCAGUUCGCGGACAGUCCCGAGUUUGCGGCCGUGCCCGCGCGCAUCUCGCCCCAGGCCCGCGCCAGCCAGGAAGCCAUCCUUGUCUGCGGCAGGAAUAUAAUCAGCGGGUCGUGCGCGAUGCUGGAGGCGGCGCGCGCGCUGGCGCUCUCGCCGCAGGAGCGCGCGCAGUGGCAGGCACUCGCCGCGCACAGCAAAACCGUGUCCGACAGCAUCAAGGCGCUCGUCACCAACAUACGCGAAAAAGCGCCAGGUCAACGCGAAUGUGCCGCAGCUCUCGACACACUAAACAAGCAGCUGCGCGAACUCGACCAAGUGGCGAUACAAGCCGUUGGACAGGAGCUGCAACCGAGACAGGCCAACACAUUGCAAGGCUACUCGGAACAAAUUGAAAAUGCAGCCGCUGAGAUGCUGGAGAAACUGGAACCUCUCCGCAUUGCGGCUAAAAGCGAAGCGGAGAAUCUUGGUCACGCUGUCGUUCAGCUGGUGUCGUACGCGGAGCCGCUGGUGGUGGCGGCGGGCGGCGCGGCGUCCAACACGACGGAGUCGCGCGCGCAGGCGGCACUUCUGCAGCACGCGCGCACCGUGCUCGAGACGCUCGCGCUGCUGGUGCACGCCGCGCGCACCGCCGCCGGCAACCCGCGCGCGGUGAGUGCGGCGGGCGAGGUGGAGGCGCAGAGUGCGCUGGCGCGCGCGGCGCUGGGCGAGCUGAGCGCGCACGUGCGCGAGCUCAGCUCGCAGCGCGGCGCCGUCGGCCCGCUGCUCGACUCGCUGGCGCGUGCCGUCGCACGCCUCACCGAGCACAGGAUGUCACUAAUUGGAUCGUUCGAUGAGACGGAUUCGUUCGUCGACUACCAGACGAGGAUGGUGGGAACCGCGAAGGAUAUAGCACGGCUGGCCACAGAUAUGACGGCUAAAUCUGCAACGGAGCCUAGUCGCCUGGUGGAAGUGGGCAAUGAAAUGUGUGGCAAGUACGAGCAGCUGGCCGGAGAUAGCCUGGGCGCCUCCGCCACUACGCCGAAUGCAGACAUCGCCAACAGGAUCCGCACAUGCGCGGUGGAGCUGGGCGAGGCGGUGUCGGAGCUGGUGCGCGCGGGCGGUACCUGCCGCCUGUCCGCCGUCGCACACAACCAGCGCGCCGUCGCCGACGCCGCGCGCCACGUAAACGAGAAGGUGGUGGCGGUGCUAAGCGCGCUUCAGGCGGGCUCGCGCGGCACGCAGGCCUGCAUAGACGCGGCCGCCACCAUCGCCACUAUUAUUGGCGAUUUGGACACCACCAUACUUUUCGCCAGCGCCGGUACUUUACAUUCGGACAAAGAAGGCGAUACGUUCUCCAAUCAUCGUGAGAAUAUUCUGAAAACUGCAAAAACUUUGGUCGAAGACACUAAAACAUUGGUGGGCGGAGCGGCCGGCACACAGGAACAACUUGCUUCCGCUGCUCAGAGUGCUGUUAGAACUAUAGUGCAACUGUGCGAGGUGGUGAAGCAGGGCGCGAUGUCGCUGGGCGCGGGCAGCGCGGAGCCGCAGGUGCUGGUGCUGAACGCGGCGCGCGACGCGGCCGCCGCGCUGCGCGACCUGGCCGCCGCAACCGCCGCCGCCAGCGGCAAGCACGUCGCGCACCCCGAUAUGCAGCGCCUCAAGCACGCCGCCAAGCGGCUGAGCGAUCCUACGAAGCGCUGGAGUCUACCCAUCAAAACUAACACAUUGCCGCGCCAAUCCAAAAGGUGCUCUGUAAACCUCGGUCUAAGGUCCGACUACAAUUCUUGCGACUCAGAAACUGAUAUUUUCCAAUCAGAUCAAGAAGAAGAACUUAUCAAGCUUCUAGACUAUUCUAGUCAAGAUGACGAUGUCUCUCCUUCCAUAUUCCACGAUAAUUGCGAGGAAGCAAUAGCAUAUAUUGAAGGCCUGAUGGUGGAAGUCCCAGAAAAGAGCUUAAAAGAUGACGAUUUGAAUGUUCGAUACAAUCUAACUUCGCGAAACAGUAUUUUUGACAUGGACUGGAGGGUUUUGAAAUACGGCGAAAACAUAUUCUUGGGUGAAUUAAAAAAGUUAAUAGAUAAGUUUAUUCAACUAUGUGAAAAACAAGAAUUUAAAAGAAAACAGGAUACACUAAAAAUAAUGAAAGCAUCAUCUGAUUUGGAUAACGAAAUGAACAGAUUAUCUCAAGUUAUAGAAGAUCUUGACUCAGAAAUAAUAAUUUCAGAACCGAUUAAAAAAGAAGUUACAACCAGUACCAUCAAAACAAUACAGACUUCCCUACCGAUAAAACGGUUAACGCCAGAAAAGGCACCAUCAUUAAAAAGCACAAUAUUUAAAGUAAAAAAAGUGAAGCCCGUAAAUUUGGUAGAUAAAUCAGAUUCAAAUACAAAAAGUCCCGAAAUGACAAACUCUGAGCCUGAAAGCCCUGGACAAAAACAAAAAGAUGAAACUGAUGAAAUUAUUGUAAGACCUGAAUCUAGAAGUAAAGAGGUCAAAUUAGAAUUUUGGAAAUUAUUUAAAGACGACACUGAAUGGUGGAAAGCUUUAGCUAAAAGAAAUUUAGAAAAGAUGGAAGAGACAAGACGAGAGUUGGAACGCUUUAGCGGUCAUGAGCUAGUUUUGGGAGAAAUAAAAACUGAAAUGGAUAAAUAUGAAAAGGAGAAAGUGACACUGCAAACAUUUAUCGAGGAAGUCGAUAAAUCCAAAGCCAUCAAUAGGGAUUUAGAAUAUAAUAAGAAAUAUGAAGAUAUUGUAUUAAAGUUAAUUGAAUUUGCAAAGAAAGACUUCAUCUACAAAGGUUUCGACCCGCUUAUCGAAAAGUUAAAGGCUUUGUCUAACGUGCAAAUUGAAGGGAAGAAGAAAAAAGUUGUGCGCAUCCAAGACAUUAUAAACAUUUACAGCCAAAUCGAUGUAUCAAAAUAUACAUACGAAGAAUUAUGCUUACUUGAAAAGUAUUACAAAGAAAUUAUAAGAAAAUACAAACAUGAAAAUGAAUUUAAAGAAAAGGAAAAUCUAAAACCUAAAGUUACAAAUAUUCCAUCUUCUAUUAGAGAGGAAAGGCAGUUUGAGCCUCCUCCAUUCCAUAGAAACGUAAUUUUAAAUGUUCAUUCAAGUCAAAAUUUAACUAAAAAUGUAAAUCAUUACAGCAACACGGUCAUAACUAACGGAGAUACGCUGGAACGGUUAAAAAGAAAUAAGCAAGAAUCAAAAAAUAAUAUAGAAAUAUUUGACAUGACUCGUACGUAUCCCCUAGAGUACUACGCUAAUAAUUGGUGGUCGAUUUACGAAGACAUUCUAAAAAACAGAGAGCAGCAAUUCGGUACGAUUGAUAAUUGGUGGAAUUUUUAUGAAGCAAUACUCAACAAAAAAGAGACUUCUGAAGAAGAGUUAAAAAGAAUUCGUGCUAUUAUGGAGUACAUAAACAGUACAAGAAGAUCUAGACCUAACAGUCGAAUGGAGGAGCAGCUUAGAAUGUUGGACGAGAUAACGAAUAGCAGAUUCCGCGAGAGCGAGGAUGUGACGACGCGCGACAAUGACUCGGUUAUGGUGACCAACGUGACGUCACUCCUAAAGACUGUCAAGGCCGUAGAAGAUGAGCAUACACGUGGUACAAGAGCACUGGAGUCUACCAUUGAAGCUAUCUCCCAGGAAAUUGAGGUGUUGAUGUCUCCGUCUGCGCCGAAGUGCACGGCGACCCCGGAGGAGCUGGUGCGCUGCACGCGCCUGAUGACGGCGGCCACGGCGCGCGCCGUGGCGGCGGGCAGCGCGGCCGGCGCCGGCAGCCAGGACCAACUCACCGCCGCCGCCAACCUCGGCCGCAAGACCGUCGUCGACAUGAUGCAAGCCGCUAAGGGCGCGGCGCACGCGGCGGAGAGUGAAGAGCUGCGCGCGCGCACGCUGGAGACGACGCGCGCGGUGGGCGAGGCGUUCCGCGCGCUGCUACAGGCCGUGCUGGCGGCGCCCGGCGGCGCGGCGCGCGCGCAGCUGCCCGACCUCUCGCGUGAUGUCGCGCGCGCCGUCGCCGACAUGCUCGCCGUCGCUGAGCUGCUCAAGGGAUCUGAAUGGGUGGAUCCAGAAGAUCCCACGGUUAUCGCUGAGGCAGAAUUAUUGGGGGCAGCAGCCUCCAUCGAUGCGGCUGCACGGAAGCUGGACGCUUUGCGACCACGCAAACCGCCUCAACUUCAGGAGACAGAUGAAAGUCUAAACUUCGACGAGAUGAUUCUCGAAGCGGCCAAGUCCAUAAUCACUGCCACGUCUGCACUUGUGCGCGCCGCCUCUGCAGCCCAACGUGAACUUAUUGAUCAGGGCAAGGUGGCGCGGCGGCCGGCGUUUUCGUCCGACGACGGGCAGUGGUCAGAGGGGCUGGUGUCGGCGGCGCGGCUGGUGGCGGCCGCGGCGCACGCGCUGGUGGAGGCGGCCAACGCGCUCGUGCAGGGCGCCGCCUCCGAGGAGCGCCUCAUCUCCAGCGCGCGCCAGGUCGCCUCCUCCACCGCGCAGCUGCUCGUCGCCUGCAAGGUGAAGGCGGACCCGUCGUCGGAGUCGACGCGGCGCCUGCAGGCGGCGGGCGCGGAGGUGAUCCGGUCCACGGACAACCUGGUGCGCGCGGCGCGCGACGCCAUCCACUGCGACGACGAGCGCAGCCUCGUGCUCAACCGCCGCAUGGUAGGCGGCAUCGCGCAGGAGAUCGACGCCAGAUCGGAAGUGCUUCGCAUCGAGAAAGAGUUGGAGGAAGCACGCGGCCGACUGACUGCCAUCCGCCAAGCGAAGUACAAGCUCCGCGCCGGAGAUACUUCUGGAGACGAUACGGAUACCGACGUCCAUCUCGCCGGAUACUCUAGCGAUGCUUCCACCCACCACAGAUUCAAAACGCCAAACAGCAGUUUUGCAAACACCACCUACAGCCCAAACAGCACAUACUCGGCGCAGAACACAACGAAUAUGACACAAAACACUACCAACAUAUCCCACCACGUGUCCAGCCUCAACCAGUCCAUACACGGCCCGCAGCCGGCCACAAGUCCCGGUUCAAAGCCGGAGUCUAACCAUUUAAGCUUCAAUACCAACGGGUACCAAAGGGAGGAGAAGUAUACCGCACAGAGCCCGACAUUCUCAAGUUUCAGGCCUCAAGAUGAAACUCCGAAGCAGAACUAUGAAGGGUUUACCACACGGACGAGCAUGACGGAGGAGACGGUGGUCGUGAAGUCGUUGCAACUGCCGGAGGUGCGUACGGCGUAUUUGAUAUCGGACGGCGACGAUAAGCGAGACGGCGAGCGCGUCUUCUACAAGAGGGAGCGGCCGCCUCCGCCGCCGCCGAGACGCAUUUCCCUCCUAAACUACGAGACCAGACUCUACGACACACCGCGACCUAUUAACGAGUAUACUAAAACAGAGGAGCAACGCCAAUUCGAGUCCAAUCAGUCCAGUCAAUACCAGUUCACGAAACAGGAACAGCGGUACGGUCAUGAUGCGCCCAAACUCCCAUCUCCCUUGAGCCCAAAGUUCAACGCCAGAGAUCUCAAAUUCGAUGAGAUUUCAGAACCGAUUUACUCUUCUCUUAAAAAACCGAGCACGCCCAAAUCACCAUUCGACGGCGUUGGACAGAGCUUCACCGAACACCAAAAAUCCACAGAAGCCAUCCCUGGCGGAACUAAACACUCUGAGUAUACUGUGAAAAGCGAGUCCUACCAGAGCUAUCCAAAGGCGGAUUUUAGUUCUACUGAAAUUACAAAAGAAGUGAAAUCUCCCUUCGCAACGUCUACGCCGUCCAAAUACGAGACCAACCAAUUCACGGAAUUCCCAAAGAAUUCAAUGGAUUUGGUAAAAGCCCCGACGCCAACUUACGAGAGGAUAUCUUCGCCAUACGGCAAGGAGGUACACAGUUACGGUGGGCCGAACUAUCUCGAGGAGACUACUACGGAAGUCAAAGAAAUACCGAAUGGCACUCAGAAGGUUACGACCACAAAAAUCUACAGUUCAUCACCGGUAAACAUGACGAGUACCAGCACAAAAUACGAACCGAUCAAGCUCGAGGGAAUCGAUGAGCUAUCAAAGUCAUUCGACAAUGACUCUAGAUACAGCACAUGGGAUUCGCGUUUCAAUACCUUGGACUCGAAGAUCAGUUCGGACACGAGUCGCUCGUUUAUGCGACCGUCGGAGUUCCAGUCAUCGGAUUACCAAGCCACGUCUAGUGUGACUAAACUGAAAAAACCGACCGACUUGGUGAAGGAAAUCGAUAGUUUAGAUAAAAAAUUCUCCAAGCAAACCAUCACGUCGGAAAUCGUCGAGCGCAAGUCUGUAAUGACUAGUUCCCACAAGUCCGAAACUAGCUCCACCGUUACGAAGAAAUUUGGCAACUUCUAA